AUGAGCAAGCGUAGAAGAUUGGCGCUCGAAGCGCCGCCACCUACCAUCAUUGUGGAUGUGGGUGAGAAGCCAUAUCUACUCGACCAGGUGCAAGCCGUAGUAAACCCUUUGGACGGGGAGGAUAGGUUCAUCCCUACGACGUGCCUUGAUGCUUCCCAAGGCGUCGCUGGCUUCGACCUCGACGACGUAUGGUCGGACAAAUUUUUGAAAGCAAUUCUCGUCAAAGACAGCCACGGGACGCCGCCGAACAUAGGCCAGGAUAUUGUCUGUGAGAUACCUCAGAAUAUCACGUUGUCAGCCGGGCCCUAUAUGCUCCAGUCAUCUACUGGUCGCGUCUUCAGCGUUCUCAGACUUUUCGAGGAUACCAACAAUACCUUUGUCGGUGGCACAGUCCCAGAUGGUCCGUCCAGGUUCAGGUGGCUUCAAGCAUCUAGUCACAUACCGGUGCCCUCAAAGCUGUAUGACAGCGAGCCGUCGGAGGAACAACCACUGACUGGACUGCGCUUUGGCGUAAAAGAUGCCAUUGACAUUGCCGGUUUGGAAACCGGAAACGGGAGCAAGUGCUACCGCGAAUCCUUCCCACCCCGAGACUCGACAGCCCCAUGCAUCGGGGCACUAAUCGCCGCGGGGGCGGUUAUGGUUGGCAAAUUGAGAUGUUGCCAGUGGUGUGAUGGCCAAGACCCUUUGCAGCGCCUGGAGGAGGUCACGCCGACGAAUCCAAGAGGUGACAGCUUCCAAAAACCAUCAGCGUCCAGCUCUGGCUCGGCGGCAAGCUGCGCCAGCUAUUCCUGGUUGGACUUUACGAUUGGCACUGAUACGGGGGGAUCCGUUCGGCAUCCUGCGGGAGUCAACGGCCUCUAUGGCAUUCGCCCAUCUCUAGAUGCAAUGAAGAGUGCCGGCCUCGUCUGCACUUCAUUGAUGGACACACCAGGAGUAUUCGCUCGCUCAGCAAAAGUUGCAGAAUCUGUGGCCAAGGUCAUGAUGGGUAUGCCGGCCGGCGCAGUCGCCAGACCGCCGAAGAGGCCACGAUAUAAGCUUCUCUAUGCUGUUGAGCAGGACUCGACGGAACCAAGCGAAACACCAAAGUUCUUUUCGCGGGGCUUUCAGGGUCCAGAAGCUGGUACACCUGCUGGAAAGUUGAUGGAAGAUUUUGUCAAGGGUUUGGAGAACUUUCUCGAGGCGAAACGUGAGGAAGUCUGCAUUUUCGAUCUCUGGAAGGAAACUCACCCGGAAACUGAGCCCGAAGAUUUGCUGCAAGCGACCGGCUCCAUCUACAAGAACAUUGUCUAUGGGCAACUGUCCCGUGAUGUCGUCCAACCGUUUGCUCAGCAGUACCAACAGCGCCAUGGCCGCCCACCAUUCAUCGAAGAGAUCACGCAGGCACGAUUAGACUACGGAGCAAGUGUAUCAGACAGUGAUUUGGAACAGUCUAUCGAGACCCUGCAUGCAUUUGCAGGUUGGGUAAAUAAAGUACUCCUCCCAGCGCCAGGGGUCGAGUCCGAGGAGAUACCGCUGUUAGUCUAUCCGCAAAGCUGGGGGAGGCCGCAGUAUAGGGACGAGCUGGGGAGAUUGGAGAGCAAAGAGGUCUUCUGGAAUGGGUUUUCUGUGUAUUCCCUUAGCUACUCCUCUGGGUGUCCGGAUUAUACUAUCCCCGUUGGUGAGGUCAGCUUCACGUCGAAGUUUACAAAGCGAGAAGAACACCUCCCUGUGGCACUCUCAUUGCUCGCACCGCGGAACAUGGAUACCGACCUCCUGGAACUGCUGACGAACCUGGAGGAAAGAGGACUCUUGAAACCUGUAUCUUGCGGUUCCCGAUUAUAUGAAGAUUCAUGA